UCGGCGGGCUUCCGGGCGGCGGCGGCGGGCGCGGCGCGAUGUGUGAGCGGGCGGCGCGCCUGUGCAGGGCCGGCGCGCACAGGCUGCUCCGGGAGCCGCCGCCGCAGGGCCGGGCGCUGGGCGGGCUUCUGCGCUGGGUGGGCGCCAGGAUGGGCGAGCCCCGGGCGCCGCUGGUCCCCGAAGUCCCCGCCGCGGACCCCAGCCCCGGCCGGGGCCCCGCCUCGCCGCGCGGGGGCACCGCUGUCAUCCUGGACAUUUUCCGCCGUGCGGACAAAAAUGACGAUGGGAAGCUGUCCCUGGAGGAGUUCCAGCUCUUCUUUGCAGACGGUGUCCUCGACGAGAAAGAACUGGAGGAUCUCUUUCACACGAUUGACUUGGACAACACCAACCACGUGGACACCAAGGAGCUGUGUGAUUACUUUGUGGACCACAUGGGGGACUAUGAGGACGUCUUGGCCUCCUUGGAGACCUUGAAUCACUCUGUCCUGAAGGCCAUGGGCUACACCAAGAAGGUGUAUGAGGGUGGGAGCAGCGUGGACCAGUUUGUGACGCGGUUCCUCCUGAAGGAGACGGCCAACCAGAUCCAGUCGCUGCUGAGCUCCGUGGAGAGUGCAGUGGAGGCUAUUGAAGAGCAGACCAGCCAGAUCCGGCAGAACCACAACAAACCCAGCCACGGUGCAGUGGAGACCUGGUAUGGAAGCCCCACUUCCCCCUAUGCCCCCAGCCACAAGCCCGUUGCCACGGAACAAGGGAAGAGCCUUCUCUCUGUCACCACAGACCCCAAGGCCGAGGGCCUGGAAGCCCAGAUCAGCCGGUUGGCAGAGCUGAUAGGACGGCUUGAGAACAAGGCCCUCUGGUUUGACCUGCAGCAGCGCCUCUCCGAUGAGGAAGGCACCAACAUGCACCUGCAGCUGGUCAGGCAGGAGAUGGCCGUGAGCCCUGAGCAGCUGAGCGAGUUUGUGGACUCCCUGCGGCAGUACCUGCGGGGCACGGCUGGAGCCGGGAACUGCUUCCACAUUGCGGCCGUGAGGCUGUCGGACGGCUUCACCUUCGUGGUCUAUGAGUUCUGGGACACGGAGGAGGCGUGGAAGAGGCACCUGCAGAGCCCACUGUGCCGGGCGUUCCGGCACAUUAAGGUGGACACGCUGAGCCAGCCCGAGGCCCUCUCCAGGAUCUCCGUGCCAGCUGCUUGGUGCACUGUGGGCCAUGACUGACCAGCCCCCAGGCCCUGAGGAUGAACCUGCCACCCGACCCUCUUCUUAUAAAGGACAUCCCCUCUUUUCUAGAAACUUUGGUAUACAGGCUUUCUUUUCAAUAUAUUUCCAAAUAGGAGUGUGUUUCCCUGCUGUUGGAGGUGAAGGAGAACCCCUCCCCGGCACCCCCCACCUCUGUUGUCUGAGCUGCUGGGCCCUGCUGAAGCCAGGGGUCAGUGGGGAUGGGAGGCCUCCUGUAGCCCGCCCUCCACCUCUUCCUCGCCACCCACACCCCGGCUGACUGUCCACGCAUGAUGAGCCCCCCAUCACCCACCUGCCCUGGCCUCAGCAGGACGCUCCUCGCCACUGCCUCUCACUGCCCCGGUUGACAUUCCUCUCCCUGGUAGGAGCCGAGACCCUGUGAGGCCCAGCCUCGGCCUGUGCCAUGUGCAAACAGCUGCUGCCAGGCCAGGCACCAAAUAAACCUGGCUGGGAACAGCUGCAUGCUGUGUGUGUCUGUUCCUGUUUUCUAGUUGAUGACAGCUGGUGGGGUGAAGCUGUCAAGGUGCAUGGGUCCUGGACCCCCUUAUGAGCUUUGGAACCUGGGGCAAGUCAGCCAGAAUCUCAGUUUUCUUAUCUUUAAAAUGGAGAUAACUGAGGUAUGUAUUUUGACAAAUAAGCUCACGCCCAUUGUAACAUCCUAGGGGUCCCCAAGACCACCUUCAAGCUCAGUAAUCUGCUAGAGGGACUCAUGGAACUCAGCAAAGCCAGUGCAUGCAUGGUUACAGAUUAUGGCCGGGAAGGGACGGGGAGACCGCGUGCCCAGAGCAGCAAUGCAGACGGCACCUGUCUCUCUCGGCACUAACAUGUGACAUUAUGCAGAGUAUUGCCAACCAGGGAAGCUCACCACAGAGUUUUUUCUGAUCUCAGCAAUCAGAGUUUUCCCUGGGAGUCAGUCAUGUAGCCGUGGAAGUGGAGCUGAUACCAUGUGGCCCCAGGUAAAAAAAGACAGUCACGUCAGGCAGGACAUUCCGAUCACCUCCCAGGAGCUGAGGGCAAAGGCCAGACGUCUCUGGGCGCUGCUGACCCUUCACUGUGCACCAGUAACUGAACUAUUCCAACAAGACAGACCAAGACCAGAUUUGAAAUAAUGGCUAAGUCCCCUUCUAGAAGCUUUGUGACACUCUGACUUCCUUCUCCCUGU